AUGGCAGACACGGUUAACCCGCAGUUCGGCGCAGAGCUCAAGGUUUCCGUCGGUAUAAACUGGCUGGACGAGAUACAGCAGUUCUAUCGCGACCGCAGCGUUAUCGAAAAAGAGUACGCAGCCAAAAUAACCGCCCUCUGUCGCAAAUACCAUGACCGCAAGUCGAAGAAGUCCAGCACACUUAGUGUUGGAGAUACCCCCGUCAUGACGCCAGGAUCGCUCGAGUCGGCUUCCCUGACAACUUGGACAACACAACUUUCUGCCUUGGAGGCAGAGGCCGCAGCUCGAGACAAGUUUGGAGCUGACCUGGUCUUCCGGGUUGCGGAACCGCUGAAGCAGGCUGCAGGAAAGCUAGAAGAGUUGCGCAAGAAUCAUUCGGAUUAUGCGGGAAAGUUGGAGAAAGAGAGGGAUGCAUCGUAUGCCGAUUUGAAAAAGAGCAAAGGGAAAUAUGAUGGGGUCUGCCAGGAGGUUGAGAAUAAAAGAAAGAAAGUAGAGAGCUCGUUUGAUCAUGGAAAGCAGAAAGCUCAGCUCUCAUACCAAAAUCAGAUUGCGGAGAUGAAUAAUGUCAAGGGCCUACAGGACUUGAACGAAACGAGGGUGAACAAGCUGAAUGCCAUUUGGACAUUGGCCGCAGAGCUGGAGAAGGCCACAUUAGCCCAGGGUAAUGAACAGGUCUCACACAUCCUGUCCGAGAUCCCACGCAAUGAACCCCGACUGGAUUCGAUUAUGUUCAUGCGCCACAAUACAGCUCACUGGCAGGAGCCGUUAGACAUGCAGUUCGAACCCAGCCCUGUCUGGCACGAUGAGCCCACCAUGGUCAUUGAUGAGCCGGCCAAGGUGUUCCUCCGCAACUUGCAGAGCAAGAGCAAGAGCCAGAUGAAAGAGCUCAAGGCCGAAGCGGACAAGAAGAGACGGGAAGUCGAAAACGCAAAGAAGGUCCGGCAGAGUAUCCGCGAUGGUACCGAUAAGCGUGACGAGGUCGAGAUCGUGCGAGCAAUGUUUGCCUUACAGGAAGACCUCCACCUGCUUGACCGCAAACGACUGACAGGCGAGAUCGAAGUAUCAACCGUCUCCUCUGUAGUAGGUGACCUGUCGUUGGGAGCAAAGAACCAUAAUUUCCGGGCUCAAACCUUUAAGAUUCCUACCAACUGUGACCUGUGUGGCGAGAGAAUCUGGGGACUCUCGGCCAAGGGGUUCGACUGUCGAGAUUGUGGCUAUACAUGCCAUAACAAGUGCGAGAUGAAAGUGCCCGCCGAAUGUCCCGGCGAACAGACAAAGGAGGAGCGGAAGAAGCUGAAGGCUGAGAGACAGGAGCAGGCCAAUGCGGCUCCAGCAACACUGCCGGACAUCAGUCCGCGCAUUUCAACGCCGAGCACGGCUGAGCUACCAGCCUUAUCGAGACGAGAUACUAUGAACUCAUUGAGUUCAGGAUACUCGUCUAAUGCUAUUAACAAAUCCACUUCUGCGUUGUCUAUCAGCCAGCCGGCCAAUGGUGGGUCGGCUUCAACAUCGCCGGCGAUAGCUGAGCUGCCAGACUCUGCUGGUGCUGCUGCUGCCGCUGCAAAGAAGCCGGCCGUGGCUGCUCCAAGGAAGAACAGGAUAUUAGCCCCCCCUCCGGCGCAAUAUGUGAGUGCACCGCCUGCGCCAUCUGCUACCAACACCAAGGAAACCCCCGCCGAGCCAGGCGGGAAGAUGAUGUAUGCAUACCAGGCCAACGGGGAAGAUGAGAUAACAGUAGACGAGGGACAAGACGUUGUCGUUGUUGAACCAGAUGAUGGCUCUGGCUGGAUGCGAGUGAGAGCCAACGGGCAAACGGGCCUGGUCCCGGCAUCCUAUGUCGAACUAUCACCAACGCCCGCAGCAUCACCCAACCCCAACGGCAGCGGCAGCACUGCCACCGACAACGACAACGGCCGUCCCGAGUCAACGUACUCUGCCUCCAGCGCUUCACUGGCGAGCAGCACCAACCCAGCAACCGCCGGAAAACGACGCGGUCCCGCGGUGGCCCCCAAACGAGGAGCAAAGAAGCUGCAGUAUGUGGUAGCCAUGUAUGACUACGAGGCACGCACCGACGCUGAAUGGAGCAUGUCUGAGGGCGACCGGUUCGUGCUGGUCAAUCGGGACAGCGGUAACGGCUGGGCGGACGUCGAGAAGGGAGGUCUGACCAAAUGUGUGCCAGCAAAUUACAUCGAAGACGCAUGA